GUGAAGUUGUCAAUUGUCAUUUGUCAAGUGAGAUUUGAGAAUUACGGAAUUUGUAUUGUGAAAUUGUGAAUUGUAUCCAGAAGUUAAAUCAAGAUGCAACCACAAAUAUUAGUGUUGAAGGAGGGAACGGACCAGUCACAGGGGAAGCCACAGCUGAUCUCCAACAUAAAUGCCUGCCAGCUUGUUGUAGAUGCUGUCCGCACAACGCUGGGACCCAGAGGCUUGGACAAAUUGAUUGUGGAUCACAAUGGAAAAGCUGUAAUUUCAAAUGAUGGAGCAACUAUUAUGAAGCUCUUGGACAUUGUUCAUCCCGCUGCCAGAACACUGGUGGACAUUGCCAAAUCUCAGGAUGCCGAGGUUGGUGAUGGAACUACCUCAGUGGUGAUAUUGGCUGGUGAGAUCCUGCAAAGGUUGAAGCCAUUUGUUGAGGAAGGAGUACAUCCUCGCAUUAUUGCAAAAGCUGUUCGCACUGCUGCCAAGUUGGCUGUCGACAAAGUGAAGGAGUUGGCUGUCAGGAUCGAGACCAAAUCACCAGAAGAGCAGCGUGACCUGCUGAAGAAAUGCGCGGUGACAGCGAUGUCUUCCAAACUGAUUCACCAGCAGAAGGGCCACUUCUCGCAGAUGGUGGUAGAUGCUGUGCUCUCAUUGGAUGCUCCGUUACUGCCUUUGGAUAUGAUUGGUAUAAAGAAGGUGACAGGAGGAGCACUUGAGGAUUCUUUCUUGGUUGCCGGAGUUGCUUUCAAGAAGACAUUCUCUUAUGCUGGAUUUGAGAUGCAGCCCAAGAGCUAUGAGAAUUGUAAAAUUGCCCUGCUUAAUAUAGAGCUGGAGUUGAAAGCGGAGAGAGACAAUGCUGAGGUGCGCGUCGACAAUGUUAGGGAGUACCAGAAAGUGGUAGAUGCUGAGUGGCAGAUCCUGUAUGAUAAGUUGGCAGCGCUUCACUCCUCCGGAGCCAAUGUUGUGCUGAGCAAACUACCCAUUGGUGAUGUGGCUACACAGUACUUUGCAGACCGUGACAUGUUCUGCGCGGGCCGCGUGCCCGAGGAGGACAUGCGGCGCACGCAGCGCGCGUGCGGCGGCGCCGUGCUGUCGUCGACACGUGACCUGCGGCCCGACGCGCUCGGACACUGCGCGCACUUCACCGAGCGGCAGGUCGGCGGCGACCGGUACAACAUCUUCACAGGUUGCCCGGCUGCGAAGACCUGCACUCUGAUACUCCGCGGCGGUGCCGAGCAGUUCUUGGAGGAGACGGAGCGCUCACUGCACGAUGCCAUCAUGAUCGUGCGGCGCACACUCAAGAAUGACGCUGUCGUAGCCGGUGGAGGAGCAAUCGACAUGGAGCUGUCCAAACACCUCCGGGAUUACUCGAAGAGCAUCGCGGGCAAGGAACAACUGUUGUUGGGCGGCGUGGCGCGCGCCUUCGAAGCCAUCCCUCGUCAGCUGUGUGACAACGCGGGCUUCGACGCUACCAACCUGCUCAACAAGCUGCGACAGAAGCACCACCAGGGUGAGAUUUGGUUCGGAGUGGACAUUCAGAAGGAAGAUAUCGCUGACAACUACCUCAGCUGCGUGUGGGAGCCUGCCGUCAUCAAGAUCAACGCCAUCACCGCUGCUUGCGAGGCUGCUGCGCAGAUCCUGUCCAUUGACGAGACAAUCAAGAAUGUGAAGAGUGGUGGAGACAUGCCCCAAGCAGGAAGAGGGAUGGGUCGACCAAUGAUGGGAUAGACUCCCUGCUGACUCCUUCAAACUACUACCUGGUUAAAUUAUCUUUGGACCUGGUGUCGAUGACGUUACAUCGUCGCCCUUUUACGGUGUACAAAACAAGCAUCAGUAGGAUAUUAUUAUUAAUAAAUAAUUAACGAUUUAUUCUGUCAGUAUUAUAUAUUGAUCUAAAGGUGUUAUGUUGUGAUGCUAACUAUUAUUAUUAUAAUGGUAAAAAAUUAUGUAUUUUUUUGGUAGUACUAUUAUAGUGACAUAGAACAACAGAAUAUUAACAACAAAAGUCUAAACAUAACUAUGAAAAUUUCAAAAACAGCAGAACAGCAGUGAUAGCACGAAAUUAUCACGUCGCAACAGGACGAGUGCGAGGGGGCGAAAUGGGGAACGGGAGCGUUCCAGCGAGGUCCAGAGAUAAUGUAGCCAUGUUGUACUCAAGUACUACACAGGAAGACUGGAAUAGAGGAAACGCAAAUUAUACACUUUUACACUACAGUAAAACACAAAAUAAAAUCUCAGAACUGCUAAGAUAAAAACCUUAUAUAUGUAUUACCAAAGGCCUUAAACAAUUCUGCUUUUUCUGCAGAAGUCGAGUCAACAUGAGUGUAGUAGACCGUACAGUCGUUUCAGUUGGUUUUAUCAAAUAAAAUAAAUAUUAUUAUAUUAAUUUAAACUUACAAAUUACUAGGCCUUUGAUAAUUUAUGCGUGUAGAUAGGGCCUCUUACUGUUAGACAAGCAAUGAAAACAGGCCAGGUUUAUUACUUUAGUGUGCGUGACAUGCUACGUCUUACACUCGCGAUUGGUAUGUCACUUUGUGUUAGUGUGUGUGCAUUGUUCAAAAUAGAGUUUAACAUUCAACCCCAAUUUUAAGAAAAACUAUAUUAGAUUCAGAAUAUAUUACAACGUCAAAAGAAGCAAUAAAUUAUUUAAAAAAUAAAAAUAACAAAAAUUUAUGUUAAUGCAUGUUUGUAAUGUUUAACAUCUUGCAUCUAGGGUUAUUUAAUAUUGAUGAUCAAACAGUAAAGAAAUGUUUUGUUUAAUUUAUCUUAAGUUUUUGUGACAACCUUACCAAAAUAGGUUUAACAAGAUUGCCCGCUCUUAAGAAACGUAUCCUCUGGACCGUUAGUUUACACAUGUGCUUACAGCAACAUAUAUACUUGUUUCAGGUUUGAUAAGAAAAUAAAAAUUAACUCCUGGCGCCAAUCAUUACCGUAAACACUUGUAAAUUCAUUAACACCGAUCAAAUACAUACUCUGACCUUGUUACACUAAAAUGUUUAACACAAUGAAACAAAACAAAAAGCUAAGAUCAAACCAAUCUAUCAUUCUAUCAAAACUAUUGUUAUCUAAAAGGGGCACGCGUAGUCUACUUCUAUAGUGUUAUUCACAAAAGCCAAAAAGUGGCAAAAGCCUCUUACUGAGCUGUUUUGGCGCCUAACGCGACGCCGGCCACUUGAAACGUGAUAAUGUUUUUACAAUACUCGAUGUAUCAUUAUGCGGUUUAUGUUACGGGUUGUUAUAAGAAAUAAGCUUAGUAAUUGUAAACAAAAAACGUGAUUGAGGAUUGAUUCGUGCUGUGAAUGACGCCGCUCUUUCAGCGUUGUACGAGAAAUUGUGACUAUUUUGCUUUACGCCUUAAAAUAAAAAUAUUGCAAUUAAA